AUGUCUCCAUAUCAAUACGGAAGCUCAUCCAAGGCAGUCUCCCAGCCAAGCAUGAUAACGGAGUUUGACAUCCUAAAGGCAUCACACAAGUUUCUUAGGGAAGAGGAAGAAGAGGAUGUGCAUAAUCUCCCAUGGAACGAGAAGCUUGCGAAGAAGUACUAUUCGAACCUGUACCGUGAGUACGCGGUUUGCGAUCUGAAACACUACAAGUCGGGCAACUUCGCCCUUCGAUGGCGCACAGAAUCCGAAGUCAUCUCUGGUGCUGGUGAGACCACCUGUGGCAAUACGCGGUGCCCCCUGCACCAACAGCAUGUCAUCGACGAAGACAAGCCGUCACUGAAGACUGUCGAGCUUCCAUUUUCAUAUGUCGAGGGUGGCGAGAGCAAGUUCGCGCUUGUCAAGGUCGUGCUGUGCGAUAAGUGCCUGCAGAAGCUGAUGUGGAAGCGGACGAAAGAGAAGGAAAGGGAACGAGUGAAAAGGAGCGACCAGGAGCGGGAGAAA